GGCACUAUAGCCACGAUCUGGGAACAAGUGCAGAUACUCAAGGAGGCGCCAUGCAACUGCUGAUAUUCCCAGCUCUGCUUCUUCUCAUUUCCACCUCGAAUGGAUUGAUAGUUACAGUUAAUACAUCGAUCACCAAUAGCACUUUCAACCCCCUUGUUUAUUCUGCGAUAAUAGAUCUACCUCCAUGUCAAUUCUCCAACCAGAACGCAAUGGUUACCGUAAAGAUACAGAAUAACGGCACCACUUCCAACUUUAACUUCACUGUGCCACAAUGUCGUCCAAAGCGGGACCUUAUCGUAGUUAGUGAUUCUACAAACGGCAACGUUCCCACCGUAAAUGUGGGUUACCAAAUCACAAACUUGAGUAGCAACACCCAAUAUAGUGUGUGGUAUGAAAUUGGAGGAACACGUUUCGAUCCCAUUUAUUUCACAACUAAACCUUUGUUUGUGGAUUCAGAUGUAUUUCGUCGUAGCGGUGGAAUGGUGGUGAUUACCGUCUUAUUAUCCAUCGCCAUGUUCCUGCUCGUUAUUGGACUGAUCGCUGUGGUGGUGUUGGGUGGCCGAGGCUCAAAAUAAGCCCUGUAAGAUGUUCCCUGCCGAUUUUGUCAUGGAGAACAAGGAGCCACCCUCCUUCACGGAGGCUCGCAACUUCUGGAACUGUGGUCGCGUGUGAAAUAAAGAUGACUCCAUAGGGCAAUGUAUUCCUACUGUAAAUAGUAUUUGAUAGGAAUGAUCCCACAACGUAUAGCUCUCUGGGAUAGGGAAUCUUACUAUUUUGUAUAAAUGAGUGGAUGAAGAGCUUUGUUGCUCAGACCUUUAAAGGGCUUGUCCCACGAAAAAUAUUCUACAUUUUUCAAACCAGCAACUGGAUCUGAAUACUUUUGUAAUUGCAUGUAAUUUUGUAUAGCCACUGAGAAUAAA